UAACAACGGCGUAUAAAAAAAAACAGAAACGAGAAGAAGUUUUCAAUCUCUCGUCCAAUUUUCUUCUGGGCAAAAACCAACAUUUAUCCUUAUCCGAUUCUUCUAGGGUUUUGGGAAGAUCUAACCAGAGCAGUCGCAACAAAGAUGGAUAAGUAUCAGAGAGUCGAGAAGCCGAAGGCGGAUACGCCGAUUGCUGAGAAUGAGAUUCGUAUCACCAGUAUGGGUAGGGCACGAAACUACAUCACCUAUGCGAUGGCUCUUCUUCAGGAAAACAAAUCGAAUGAAGUUAUUUUCAAGGCUAUGGGAAGAGCUAUCAACAAGAGUGUGAACAUAGUUGAGCUGAUUAAGAGAAGGAUUCCUGGUCUUCAUCAGAUCACAUCUAUUGGAUCCACAGACAUAACAGAUACCUGGGAACCUACAGAGGAAGGCCUUCUUCCAAUUGAGACCACAAGGCAUGUGUCGAUGAUAACCAUAACACUUUCGAAGGAGGAGUUGAACACAUCCUCGAUUGGGUACCAGUGUCCUAUUCCUAUUGAGAUGGUGAAGCCAUUCGCUGAGGUUGAUUACGAAGGACAAGAGGGAUCUCCUAGAGGCAGAGGAAGAAGAGGCAGAGGAGGAAGAGGGAGAGGAAGGGGAAGAGGCGGCAGAGGAAAUGGAUAUGUGAAUGCUGAGUAUGAUGAUGGAGGAAGGGGAAGAGGUGGCAGAGGAAACGGAUAUGUGAACAAUGAGUAUGAUGAUGGAGGAAGGGGAAGAGGCGGCAGAGGAAGUGGAUAUGUGAACAAUGAGUAUAAUGAUGGAGGUAUGGAGCAGGACCGGUCAUAUGGCAGAGGACGAGGGCGUGGGAGAGGAGGAGGACGUGGUGGUCGAGGAAGAGGAGGUUACAAUGGCCCCCCACCUUACUAUGAAGCUCAACCUUACUAUGAAGCUCAACAAGGUGGAGACUAUGGAAACAAUGCUGCUCCUCCAGCAGACCAUGAAUAUGAUGGUCCUCCGCCUCAAGGCCGUGGACGUGGCCGUGGAAGGGGAGGUCGUGGAAGAGGAGGAGGCCGUAGUGGAUUGAACAGAUCAAAUGGAGCACCUAUUCAGGCUGCUGCUUGAGCGACCAGGGUCAUUGAAUGAAGUUGGAUUUUUUUUACAUUGUCAUGUUUUUGUCUCUUUUCUUCAAAACAACUUGUUGCCGUAGAAUAAUCUCUCGUUCAUGUCGCUCUAGGUUAUAUAUAUAUCCUCAUUUAUUUACUAUGGACGUCGUUUUGGAUGUUUCCAGUUUUUGUUCCUUCUAAAGAGUUUUCCAGUUUUGUCUCUGUUUAGAGUUUUGGAUAAGUGACACGCAAGAAAUAUGAUAGAACUCGCAAAGCA